CACUUAUCGACCGACGCAGCAGAGAGGUACCUUGCCAUUCCGUUACCGCCAAUACCUUGCUUGCCUCUGCAUCGCCUCGCCUUGCGGUAUUGCCGCACCUCGAGAACCCUCAAGAGGUACCUGUCACGCUACGUACCACUCUCACAGUUUUAUCUGCAAAAUCCUACGAAACACUCUCCCUCCCCUUUCGGCUUUCCAUUUGCGCCAACCAACCAUCCCCGACCCCGACACACCUCUCAGUGACACCAAGACCACGACGACUCCCUCGACUCGCUUUCGAAUCCCCUCCACUCGAACUCGACGACGAACGGCCACGAUCCAUCACGAACGCCCAUCUCCUCUCUCUCUUUCUCUCCUCAACUGCGACUCCCCGACUACCUAGAGUCCCCCGAGUUCCAGAUUUCCAUGUGUCGCUGCUGACGAGGUUCGACCUACCACUCCAAAUCUCUCUCUACCUCGCCCGGCGCGAGCCUCGCAAGCUCCCCUUCACGGGACACGACACUCUCUACAGCGACCGCACUUGCCUCGGCGCACACCUCUAAUCACCAUCGACACUCUUUUCGCUGUCCGUCGCAGUCGACGCGCUCAUUUUUUGGCAAGAUGAUGUUGGACGAGAAAUACAUUGGCCUAGGCCUCGCCAUGGCAUCCAGUUUAGCCAUUGGUAUUAGUUUCGUGGUUACGAAAAAGGGUCUUAUGCAAGCAGAAGAACGUCAUGGCUUCGAGGGCGACGGAUUUGUAUAUCUGAAGAGCCCAGUUUGGUGGGCUGGUAUCUCAACUUUGGUCGUUGGAGAAAUCUGCAAUUUUGCUGCCUAUGCAUUCGCGCCAGCCAUUCUCGUUACACCUCUUGGAGCUCUCUCUGUCCUGAUUGGUGCUGUCCUGGGUUCAUACUUCCUGAAGGAGGAGCUUGGAGUUCUGGGUCGCCUGGGCAGUGCAAUCUGUCUAAUCGGCGCCGUCAUCAUUGUGCUACAUGCGCCGCCAGAUGAAGAUAUCCAGACUGUCGACCAGAUCCUGCACUACGCCAUUCAGCCGGGCUUUUUGUUGUACGCCUUCACUGUCACCGUCUUUGCAGUGGUCAUGAUUUACAGGGUCGCGCCGCUCCACGGAAAGAAGAACCCGAUCAUUUACCUCUCCAUUUGCUCAACGGUUGGAUCAGUCUCGGUCAUGUCUGUCAAGGCCUUUGGAAUCGCCCUCAAGCUCACAUUCGCCGGAAACAAUCAGUUCAGCCACCCUUCGACUUACGUUUUCAUGAUCCUCACCACCGUUUGCAUUUUGACGCAGAUGAACUACUUCAACAAGGCUCUUGCUCAGUUCCCCACCAACAUUGUCAACCCCCUCUACUACGUUACCUUCACGACAAUGACCCUAUGCGCCUCCUUCAUUCUUUUCGGCGGUUUCAAUACAACCGACACGGUCAACACGAUAUCCCUUCUCUGCGGUUUCCUGGUCACUUUCACCGGCGUCUACCUGUUGAACCUGUCGAGAUCUGACCCGAACGGUCACAAAUAUGUUGCAGGCCGCGGCGGCGACGAUGCCACCGGCACAGACAUGAUCUCUACAAUUCAGACUCGUUUGAGUAUGCAGGCACGCCGGAGUGGAGACCCUCACCGGAUGAGCAUUGGCAGCCGUCACGGCGAUACAACAGGGUUGAUGAGGGCCUACGAUGAGGAGGCUGGUGCCGAAUUCGGUCUGACCGAUCUGGCCGAUGAGAGCGACGACGAUAAUGACCGCCACAGAGCCAACGGGACCGCCAACGGCCACUCGAAAACAUACAACGAGACAAUUGAGCUUCAGAACCAGAGGUCCGACAGAUGAGGGGCCUGGAGGAUGAACCGUCUGUUUUCUAGCUAUCGGCCAACGCCGAGGCGGUGAUUGUCUUUUUUCUUCGAAGCAUUUCUUACCAGGGGCCCGAAUGGGGGCAGCAUUGUACAUUUUCGCGAAAGUCAAAUGACUGAGAAGUUUUCCACGACAUGAUCGGAUUCAUGAAAGAGGCAAAGACCCACGGAACAAGGCGCGCGUCCCGAGUGAGGGAGGGGGAAAAGCGCCAAAGGGAAAACCCAGAAUCAAGCUUUUCCCCAUACUAUUUCACUUCUGCUACGGCACGAGGAGUAUUCACUGGGCAACGGGAGGGAUCACUACUUGAGGGGCGUUUAUCGGGGUUUCCAAUGGAUACUGGGUGUGCGGAAAGCACCUCUUGUUGUACGAUUAAGGGCAAGGCGAAUGGGGGAGAGGUGUAUGUGGGCGAUAGCGAGAGUGUGAAGCAUACCCUGGUUCGCCUGGAGACUGGCAUCUUCUGUUCACUGUCCAAAGCAUUUCAAAAACCAUAGACGUAGG